UCAUUGCCGUUUGACUCCUUCCGCGUCCCUUCUACGCUCCCCCCUCCCUGCGGAGCCGGGUGGUACGGGCCGGCGCCCUGGGCGGAAGCAGACACGUUUCUCCUUCCCUUGGUGAGGCGGCCAGGGGGAGAAUGGCGGCCCCGGGUUCACACACCCUCUUCCUCUUGGUUUUAAUGGUUGUGGCCAGCAUCCGAGCCCUGACACCUACCCAUUAUCUCACAAGGCGUGAUGUGGAGAGACUGAAAGCUUCCUUGGACCGCCCAUUCAAUGAUUUAGAAGCUGCUUUUUACGCCAUUGUAGGACUCAGCAAGCUAGGAGUGCAAGUAUCUGAUGAACAAGCUGCAUGUAACUUCAUCAAGUCUAACAUGGAUCCCAAUAGUGUCGAUUCCCUUUUCUAUGCUGCACAAGCCAGUCAGGCUCUGUCUGGAUGUGAGGUUGCCAUUUCAAAUGAGACCGGAGAGCUGCUUCUUGCAGCUGUCAGUGAGGAUUCCUCAGUCAACCAGAUCUUCCAUGCCGUCGGAGCCCUGAGUGGCUUUGGGCUUCCUCUAGCAUCCCAGGAAGCACUUAGUGCCCUCACUUCUCGUCUUAGCAAGGAAGAGAACGUCCUGGCAACCAUUCAGGCAUUACAGACAGCAUCUUACUUGUCCCAGCAGGCAGACCUGAAUGGCAUUGUGGAGGAGAUAGAGGACCUUGUUGCCCGCUUGGAUGACCUAGGUGGGGUAUAUCUGCAGUUUGAAGAAGGACUUGAGACUACUGCAUUAUUUGUUGCUGCUACUUAUGGACUGUCAGACCAUGUGGGUACAGAGCCAGCGAUGAAGGAGGAUCAGAUAAUCCAGCUGAUGAAUGCAAUUUUUAGCAAGAAGAACUUUGAGACACUCUCUGAGGCCUUCAGCGUGGCUUGUGCUGCAGGUUCUUUAUCCCAGAACCGCUACCACUUGCCCAUCAUCGUCGUCCCUGAUGGGCCAGCAGCUGUGUCUCAUCAUCAACCCAUUCUCAGGCUGCAAGUGACCAAUGUCAUGUCACAGCCACUGACUCAAGCAGCUGUGAAGCUAGACCAUGCCAAGUCUGCUUCUACCAAAGCCACUGUCCUUCACCAGAUGCCGUUUGCCAUUUCAGGAGACAUCUUUGAGCUGAACUUCAUGAAUGUCAAACCUGCCAGUGGAUAUUAUGAUUUCUCCAUCAGCGUUGAUGGUGACAGUCGAUUAAUUGCAAACAAAGUUGAGUUGAAAGUAAAGGUCUCCACAGAAGUUGGCAUUACAAAUGUGGAUCUUUCUACUGUGGAUAAGGAUCAAAGCAUUGCACCAAAAACCACAAGGGUAGCUUAUCCAGCCAAAGCCAAAGGAUCAUUCACAGCUGACAGCCAUCAGAAUUUUGCCUUGUCCUUCCAGCUGGUGGAUGUGAACAGUGGAGCUGAGCUCAUCCCUCACCAGACAUUUGUCCGUCUUCACAACCCAAAGACUGGGCAGGAGGUGGUGUUUGUCGCAGAACCAGACAGCAAGAAUGUGUACAAGUUUGAACUGGACACUGCUGAGAGAAAGACAGAGUUUGAUUCUGCCUCUGGUACCUACACCCUUUACUUGAUAAUUGGAGAUGCCACUCUGGAAAAUCCAAUCCUGUGGAAUGUGGCUGAUGUUAUUAUCAAAUUCCCAGAGGAAGAGACUCCAUCCACAGUCCAGUCAAAGAAGCUUUUCAUUCCCAAGCCAGAAAUCCAGCACCUGUUCAGGGAACCUGAAAAGAGGCCUCCUACAGUGGUAUCCAACACAUUCACAGCCUUGAUCCUCUCCCCGCUGUUUUUGCUCUUAAUUCUGUGGAUAAAGAUUGGUGCCAACAUCUCCAAUUUCAGCUUUGCUCCCAGCACCAUUAUCUUUCACCUGGGACAUGCUGCCAUGUUGGGGCUCAUGUAUGUCUACUGGACUCAACUUAACAUGUUCCAGACUCUGAAGUACCUGGCCAUCUUGGGCAGUGUCACAUUCCUGGCAGGCAACAGAAUGUUGGCCCAGAAAGCAGUAAAGAGGAUUGCUGCAGAACAGAGCAGUAGGUUGGCAAAGUAUAGAACACUGCGGUAAAAGGGGGUUGCUCUUCCUAGAAGACACAUUAGUACCGGAAGAAUGGAUGAAAUAGGAGGGAAAAAACUCAAAUCUAUACAGAAAAGUGGCCAAGAAACUGUCCAAAGGCCAGAAGUUGGAAGGCAGAAAAGAAUUUUUUUUAUGAAGUCAAGAGAAUUGUGGUUAUACUUUUUUCUUUUUUUAAUGUUUACCCUCAUUUGUUUUUAGUGGCUGUUUGAGCAAUUUUGGAAUUAAACCAGCAAAGCCCAUGUCUUUUCUUCCCUCCCUCUCCCCCCCUCCCACCCCCAUCCCCAAUCCAAGUGUUUAAAUUCUGACAAUGCAAAUUUUGUAAUUCUGACAUUUUCCCCCCUUGUGGAAUAAAGAGGAUGAUGAGAGGAAAGAA